AUGGACUAUCCCCCUAAUCAAAGAAAUCCGGUGAGGAGAGCCUACAUUCUUAAAAAACCUUGUCUACCAAAAACUCAUAAUUUCCCUCAAAGACAAUGCUCCAGAAAGCGUUGUUUUAGUGUGAAGUGGUUUAAUAAAAGAGAUUGGCUUGAAUAUAGUAUUUCAAAAGAUGCCGCAUUUUGUUUUGUAUGUUACUUGUUCAAGCAUGAAGUUGAAAAUAAUUAUGGCGGUGAUGCAUUUGUUAAUGGAGGAUUUAGAGCAUGGAAUAAACCAGAGAGGUUUGAUAAGCAUGUUAGUGGAGUGAAUAGUGCUCAUAAUGUUGCUUAUGAGAGAGGUCAAGGAUAUGAUGGGGCUAGUAACAUGAAAGGUGAAAUAAAUGGGCUUAAGGCUUUGAUUAUGAAUGACACUUCUAGUGCAUAUUACAUUCAUUGUUUUGCACAUCAACUUCAAUUGACUCUUGUUGCCGUUGCUAAAAAAAAUGAUAAUUGUGGUUGGGUGUUUGAGAUUACUACAAACUUGUUGAAUGUAAUUGGGGCUUCUUGUAAAAGAAGAGAAAUGAUUCGAAAAAGUCAAGCUCAAAAGGUUGCUCAAGCAUUGGAAAUGGGGGAAAUUGAUAGUGGUUCGGGAUUAAAAGAACAAGAUAUUGUUAAUACCAUGAGACUUGUUUCUUCUACAAUGAAAGUGUUACAAAAAAUGAGGGAACAAGGUUGGGAUAUUCUCUUGAAAAAAGUAACUUCAUUUUGCAAUAAACACAAAAUUGAUGUUCCUAAUAUGGAAGCUAAUUAUGUUCCACAUGGAAGAUCAAGGAGUUUUGUUGAGAAAGCUACAAAUGAACAUCAUUUUCGUGUUGGAAUUUUCUUGGAAGUGAUUGAUUUGUAUCUUCAAGAACUUGAUAAUCGGUUUGAUGAGAAGAACAUGGAGCUACUUACUUGCAUGUCUAGCUUAAGUCCUAAGUAUAACUUUUCAUCCUUUGACAAAGAAAAGGUGCUUGCUUCUUUGUACCCCGAAGACUUUUCACAUAAUGAGUUGUUGAGUUUUGAUGAUCAACUUGAAGUGUUCAAGCAAGUCAUGUUAGAUGAUGGAAAUUUUUGA